GACUUUCUCGCGGCCCGCGAGCCGACCCGGGCGCCCCCCGCGACCUUGCGAGCCGAACCCCGGGCGCCCCCCGCGACCUUCCGCGCCGGACGACCCCCGGCCGACGAUGAAGAUGGACAUGAGCCCCUCGCCCCGGUCCGUGACGACGAAGGCGUCGCUCGAGGACGACGACGACCGCAUGCAGUGCGACGACGAGGAGGAGGCGCCGGGCACCCCGGAGAUGCCGUCGUUCCUGCCGUCGCUCAUCAUCGAGGCGCUGGGCUACCCCGCGGGCCUCGGCGCGCUCGUCGUGUGCCAGGCCUGGCGCCAGCAGGCGGAGCGCAUCUUCCGGCGCGAGCUCAGCGAGCUGCGCUGCGCGUCCCACUGCCGCGCCGAGUACCUCGCGCUGCCGCCGACGACGAAGUCGACGAUCUCCGUCGCGUUCUCUCCCGACCUGAAGCGCUUCGCGAGCACGCACGGCGACCACACGGUCAAGGUCGUCGACUUCGAGUCCGGGCGCGUGGCCGCGACGCUCGUGGGCCACCCGCGGACGCCCUGGACCGUCAAGUUCCACCCGUUCCUCCCGGACGUCGUCGCGUCGGGCUGUUUGGGCUUCGAGGCGCGCGUCUGGGACGCGCGGGAGCGGCGGUGCGUCCGCCGCGCGGAGUUCGACCGCGCGAUCAUCUCGCUGAGCUUCCACCCGGCGGGCGACAUCCUCGCCGUCGCCGCGGGCACGUCCAUCUACCUCUGGCACUACGCGACGGGGGCGGCGCCGCGCCGCGAGUUCACGCACCCGCACCCGAUCCGGUGCCUCCGGUUCCUCCCGAGCCGCGACGCGAUCAUCGUCGGCGCGGCGAACAACGGCGCCAACGAGGGCGACGCGCCGCGCAUCACCUUCCAGCUCAUGCUCUGCGACUUCGACGUCGAGGCCGCGCGCGCGGACGCGGGCGCGCCGGCCGGCGGCGGCUCGCCGUCGUCGCCGACGAGCGUCCGCGGGCCGACGGAGGACGCCGCGGGCGACCCGCCCCUGCUCGCGCCCGUGGCCGGGAGCGGCCGGGCCGUGAGCCGCCGGCCGCGGUGCGUGCUCCGGCGCGCGCUCUUCUACAACGACGGCGGCUUCGACGUGUCGCCCUGCGGCCGCUUCCUCUGCUCCUGCGCGGAGCUGUGGCUGCCCUACGCGGACCAGGACGGCGACGCGCCGCCGGACGGCGACGCGCCGCCGGCGCCGCCGCCGCGGCACCCGCGCGGCGACGCGCCGCCGCCGCCGCCGCCGCGGCGCCUCGCGGGCGGCGCCGCGCGCGCCGCGGCGGCCGCCGCGUGGCCCCUGCCGUCGUUCUCGUCCGCGGCCGCGCGCGCGCGCGCGCGCGCGCCGGCCGCGCCGGCGUCGCCGGGCGCGCGGCCGCGCCGCGACGCGCCGUUGCUGCCCUGGUGGCGCGUCUACGCGCGCGGCGGCGGGGCGCGCGGCUGGCUCGGCCGCGGCGCGCCGCGGACGCCGCCGCGGCGCCGCGACGGCGACGAGUCCGGCGACAGCGCGUCGCCGGGCGGCCGCGACGGCGCCGUCGCCCCCGCGGACCGCGCGGGCUCGCCGGGCGGCCGCCAGCGCCUCAAGGGCCGCUACAAGCCCCACCUCGUCGUCGUGUCCCUCGAGGACGCCGCCGACGACGGCGAGGGCGCCCUGCUCCAGGCCGCCGCGCUCGAUGACCACUCCUUCUCCGGCGCCGCGGGCGAGACGGCGGGAUCCGACAUCGUCACGUCCGUCAAGCUGUCGCCGACGGCGUCCCUCGUGCUCCUGGGCCACAGCCGCGGCGGCGACGGCACCUUCGGCGACGGCGUCCCCCGCGUCGUCUCCGUGAUGUACCGCGUCGGCGACAUGGUCCGCGUCGACACGCGCAAGGAGGUCGGCGACGACGUCAACAUCGCGCGGUUCCACCCCGUGCCCGGCGCGGGCAUCGUCUACGGCACGAAGCAGGGCCGCAUCUGCAAGAUGACGCCCGCGCCGAGGACGCCGCCGGGGCAGGCCGCGGCCGCGCCGCGGCCCGCGGGCGACGCGCCCGCGGCCCAGCCGACGGCCGUGACCAUGGCGGCGCUGCUCGACACGUCGAAAGCGGCCGACGCGACCGACGCCACGGACAUGUCCGGCGUGCGCGUCGAGCGGUCGCCGCUCCACGGCCGCGGCCUCUUCGCCGCGCGCGACUUCGCGGCGGGCGAGACGAUCCUCGUGGAGGCGCCGCUCGUCGCCAUGCAGGACCUCGCGAACCGCCACGCGGCGCUCGUCUGCGGCGAGUGCCUCGCGUUCCUGGACCUCGGCCGCGACCUGCUCGAGGCCGUCGCCGCGGGCGCGUCGCCGCGCGUCGCCGCGGACGCCGCCGUCGCGCGGGGCGGCGGCCCCGUCGCGCGCUGCGCCGACGGCUGCGGCGAGCUCUACUGCUCCGCGGCGUGCCGCGACGCGCACCGGCGCCGGUGCCACCGCGCGCUCUGCGUCGGCCCCGUCGCCGAGGCCGACGCGGCGGCGGACCCGCUCGUGCGCUACAAGAUCCUCGCGACGGAGAGCAACGAGAUCCUGUUCUUGGCCGCGGACGUCGUCGCGGCGGCGCUCGCCGACGGCGCCGCGGCGGCCGCGUUCCUCCCGUUCACGCGCGUGCCCUGGGACCGCGUCGUCGCCGACGCCGCGGCGCUCCGGGGCGACGACGCGCGCGACGGCGCGCUCCUCGGCGAGGCGCUGCGCCGCCUCUGCGGCGACGCCGCGCCCCUGCUGCGCGACGCGCUCGCCGCGCGGGGCUUCGCCAACGCGGCCGACGUCACGCCCGAGUGGCUCGCGAGGAUCGUCGGCACCUUCGAGCAGAACAACGUCGGCGUGCGCCUCCGCCACCCCCUCGACGACGACGACGACGACGAGGCGGAGGACGACGACGACGACGACGACGACGAGGACGAGGCGGAGGACGGGGGCGCCGUGGCGCGCGCGGCGUCGCUCGAGGACGUCGACCGGCUGGCGGCGGCGCCGGGCGCGGUCGCCGUCGUCAAGUUCUCCGCGGCGUGGUGCGCGCCCUGCCGGGCGAUGGCGCCGGCUUUCGCCGCCCUCGCCGAGGCCCUGCCCGAGGCGCGCUUCGUCGCCGUCGACGUCGACGAGGUCCCCGACGCGGCGGCGCGCUUCGAGGCCGGCGCGCUCCCGACGUUCGUGCUCCUCCGCGACGGCGACGAGCUCGCGCGCGUCGAGGGCGCCGACGAGCGGGCGCUGCGCGCGCAGCUCGCGCUCGCGGGCUGCCCGCCGCCGGACGACGGCGACGCCGACGACGACGCGACGGCCGACACCGACGACGGCGACGGCACCGACGACGGCGGCGGCGGCGCCUACGGCAUGCCGCCCCUCGAGGGCACGGCGCUCUACUCGACGAUCUGCUGCGCGAACCACGCCUGCGACCAGAGCUGCGACGUGCUCUACGCGGCCCCCUCGGAGCCCGGCGGCGAGCCCGGGCCCGGCCGCUUCGGCGCGCCGCUCCGCGCGUCGCUCGUCGCGCGGCGGGCCGUCGCGGCGGGCGACGAGCUCACGAUCGCCUACGUCGACACGGACGCGCCCUGGCAGGAGCGCCGCGCCGCGCUCGCGGACUACGGGUUCCUCUGCCGCUGCUCGCGCUGCCUCGAGCCCGUCGCGCUGCCCGGCGCCUGGGACGCGCUGCUCGCCUUCUUCGCGCCCGGCGGCGCGAGCGAGCGCUACCGCAUCGCGCUGGACCCGAGCGCACGCGCCGCCGCGUCCGCCGCGCGCGCCGCGGCGGGAGAGGCGACGCCCGCGUUCCCCCCCCGCCGCGCGCAGUGCGUCGACGGCGCCCUGCGGCCCGGGUCCUGGAGCUCGAGCGGCCUCGCGUGGGACGACCGCGCGGCGCCGUGGUGGAACCCCGAGGCCUUCGCGCUCACGCACGGCAAGUGGAGCACGGAGGUCUGGCUGCCCCUCGCGCUCGCGCGGAGCCGGGCGGGAAACGAGCGCGACGCGCGGAGCCGCUGGGGCGCGCGGACGGCCGCCGAGGCCCGCGACGCGGACGCGACCGUCGUCAUGUACCAGAGCCGGCGCAACGACCGCAACGCGCUGAGCUGGUGCCGCGCCAAGGUCGCGGCGUCGUCGGCGACCUGGGGCCGCGACGGCGGCGCGUCGUUCUGGUUCACGGCCGCGUCGUCGCGCGGCGGCUGCUGCGACGGCGGCCAGGCGCGCGACCCGGGGCUCCUCGCGCACCACUUCCUGGGCCACGUCGGCGAGAAGCGCCACGGGCCCUGGCUCUUCCGCGAGGCGCGCUUCGCGGACCACCUGCUGCGGCCGACGCAGUACAAGGCGCCCGCGACGCGCGACACCGCGCCGAAGAUCCGGUGCUUCGACGAGCGCAAGGACGUCGCGCUGCCGCCGCCCGCGCUCCUCCUGCGGCGGCGGCGGCGGCGGGCGCGGGCCCCCGGCCGGAGCGGCGCGGAGCUGCUCGCGCUCUUCGACGCCGACGCGCGCAAGGAGACGCUCGUCAUGGCCGCCGAGGGCCGCGCGGGCGGCCUCGAGUACGACCUCCGGCGCGCGCUCACGGACGCCUGGGACCCCGGCGGCCCGCUCCGCGCGAAGCGCGGCGUCGCGCGCGCGCCGCCGCCGCUGGACCCGCGCGUCGACGUCCGCUUCCUCAUGGCCAAGGCCAACUACACGGAGAGCAUGCGGCGCGCCAAGUACUGCGUCGUCACCGAGGGCUUCUCGCCCUGGAGCCCGCGGCUCUCCGAGGCCGUCGCCCUCGGCUGCGUGCCCUGCUUCCUGAGCCCGAGCCUCGCGCCGCCCUACGCCACCGUCCUCGACUGGAGCGCCUUCUCCGUCGAGAUCGCCGAGGCGGACGUCGGCCGCCUGCCCGAGGUGCUCGCGGCCUACGACUGGGCCUACCUCCACGCGAACCUGCUCCGCGUGCGGCCCCUCUUCGCCUUCUGCGUCGACGACGGCGGCGAGGACGGCUGCGGCGAGGGCGACCUCCCGGGCGACGGCCUCCCCCUCGUCGUCUUCCUCAUGGCGACGCGGCGGAUCGUCGCGCCGCCGCCGCCGCCGGAGCCGGGCGCGGACCGCUACGACGGCACGGCGACGCUCCUCGCGUCCGCGGCCGGCGGCGACGCGACGGCCGACGCCGACGUCCUCUACGCCUGCAGCCUCGCGUCGGGCGCGUGCCGCUACGAGGUCCGCGGCGACGAGUGGGAGUGCGCCAUGGCCAACAAGCACGCGUGCAUGUGCAAGAAGCGCGUCGCGGGCAACUGGACCUACGUCGGCACGACGACGGGGCUCAAGGGCAACCGGCCGCGGCUCUACCAUAACCGGUAG